AUGCCAGAACUUCUGCCAGUGCAGCACCGCCUGCAGUGCUUCAAUCAAAAACCGUUCAACGUCCUUGGAAGAGCACAACUGAAUGUCUGCUGGAAGGAACACAGUUUUAAGUUGGAAGCAAUUUUCACUGAAGCUAAUGCGAUCAACAUCUUGGGCAGAACUUGGAUAUCCGCUCUUCGGCUCGACUUGAACAAGCUGUUCGUUUGCGUCACGGAAAGUUCCCCGGUCUUGGGAAGUAGCCUCCAAGAACUGGUGACGAAGUACCCAGCUGUAUUCCGAGACGGUCUGGGAAGAUAUACAAAAACGAAAGUUCACCUUGAGCUCAAACCUGACAGCCAGCCCAAGUUCUUCAAAGCACGGCCAAUACCAUUCUCUAUCCGUACGGCUGUAGAACGCGAUCUAGAGCGACAGGUGGCUAAUGGAGUGCUAUCCCCGAUUGAAACGUCCUCUUGGACUACGCCCAUCGUAGUUGUCCCCAAGCCAAACGGCGCAGUUCGCGUAUGCGGUGACUUCAGCGUGACGGUAAAUCCGCAGCUAGACAUUGCACAGUACCCUCUUCCGCGUCCAGAAGAGUUGUUUGCUAAGCUGAAUGGAGGGGUCAUCUUCUCGAAGCUCGACCUAUCAGAAGAUACCUUCAGAUGGAGCAAGACGACGAUGCAAAGGUAUUAG